GUGUGUCUGUGGAGAAUUACCUCUCAUUCUCACUCAUUGCAUAAAUUGAGGACUUUGGAACGACCCUUUCUCCUCCUCUGGAACACUACUGAGACUAGAGGUGGUAGAGGGAAGAACGUCCGCUCGCCAUUUUGUCUUUAAUUCGCUUUUGGGUCGACCUGAGUGAAGAUGUCGAAAGUAAAGGUGGCCGUCCGUGUUCGGCCCUUUAACAAGAGGGAGAUAGGCAUGGGAACAAAGUGUGUCAUUGACAUGGAGGGCAACCAAACUAUACUGGAUAGUCAGAGUACUCGGAAAGGAGUGAAGACGUUUGCUUUUGAUCACUGCUUCUGGUCUAUCGACCCAAACAACACGAGAAAAUUCGCAAGUCAAGACACCGUGUUCGAGGCACUUGGUACAGACAUUUUGGAGAAUUCUUUCGAAGGAUACAACGCUUGUAUCUUUGCAUAUGGACAGACAGGCUCUGGUAAAUCUUAUACAAUGAUGGGGACUGGAUCAGAUGAGCCAGCCACUAAAGGAUUGAUACCAAGAAUCUGUGAUGGACUAUUUGCCAAGAUGAAAGAGCUCUCUGAUCCAUCCCUGAACUUUAAGGUUGAAGUCGCCUACAUGGAGAUUUAUAACGAGAAAGUACGAGAUCUACUAAGUGCUAAAGGUGAUAAGGCUGCAUUGAAAGUGAGGGAGCACAUUACACUGGGUCCUUAUGUUGAGGGUCUCUCGAAACUCGCUGUAACCUCCUUCAAGGAUAUCUCUGAUCUAAUGGUGGAAGGAAACAAGUCGAGAACUGUCGCUGCUACUCAGAUGAAUGCCGAGAGCUCUCGUUCGCAUGCCGUCUUCUCAAUGGUACUGACUCAAACUAAAUUUGAUGUUGCAGCUGAGACUGGACUUGAGCGUGUAAGUAAGAUUAGUUUAGUUGAUCUGGCUGGUAGUGAGAGGGCGGGUAAGACAGGUGCUCUGGGCUCAAGGCUAAAGGAAGGCAGUAACAUUAACAAAUCACUAACCACACUUGGCUUAGUUAUUUCAGCUUUGGCUGACAUUUCUGCUGGUAAGAAACCUAAGAAUGCUUAUGUACCGUAUCGAGACUCAACCUUGACAUGGCUACUAAAAGAUAAUUUAGGCGGUAAUAGCAAGACUGUUAUGGUAGCCACCAUAAGCCCUGCCUCUGACAAUUUCGAAGAGACUCUCUCUACCCUCCGUUAUGCCGAUCGUGCAAAACGCAUCGUCAACCAUGCGGUCGUGAAUGAGGACGCCAACUCUAAGAUAAUACGAGAGCUGAGAGAAGAAGUGGAGAAAUUGAGACAGAUGAUGCUUUUAGGGGGCGGAGGAGGAGGGGGAGGGGUCAGCACUGCUGAGAUGGAGUCGCUCAAAGAGAAGCUACAGAUCAGUGAGGGCUUAAUGGCCGAGAUGACAAAAUCCUGGGAAGAGAGGCUUAGGGAGACAGAGAGACUACAUAGAGAUAGACAAGAGGCCUUAGAGGCAAUGGGUAUAUCUGUCCAGGAGUCCGGUAUUGGUGUCCAAAAAGACAAGUACUACCUUAUCAAUUUAAACGCCGAUCCAUCCAUGAACGAACUAUUAGUCUGCUAUCUAAAAUCAUACACUAGAAUAGGGAGACCAGGUCACACCGUCCUCCAGGAUAUACAGUUACGUGGUUUAGGUAUAACUAACGAGCAUUGUAUUGUAGAGAUUAUCGACCGAGAAGUAUUUUUAACUCCUUUGGAACGGGCUAUGACGAGAGUCAAUGGUCAAAUAAUCACAGAGAAGACACAGCUAAAGCAUGGCUCCCGUAUCCUAUUUGGCAACAACCAUCUCUACAGAUUGAGUUGUCCUAGGAUGGGCGGGGCCUCUUUUGAUGAGGAGGAACCGGUCAUGAACUAUGAACAGGCAAUGAAGGAAAUAUCGGUCAAUGAGCUGGCUCAAGAUCCGAUUUAUUCUAACAUGCAAAAAAAGCUUCUGGAAAAGCAUCAAGCUGAGAAAGAAGGUGCUCUUGAGGCUCAGAAGGACAUGUACGAGAAGAAGUUGGCCGAGUUACAGACCCAGCUGGACGUGUCCUCGUCAACCUCUGUGUCUCCCUCUGGCUCCAAACAGUCCAAGCAAGUGACGCUAGAGGAGGAAUGGGAGGACCAGAACCGAGAGAGACUCAUGAACACUGUCCUACUCGCCAACCAACUCGUCAGAGAAGCUAACAUGCUCUCGGAGGCACUGCAUAAAGACACUCUCUUUAGAGUCACACUCACUAUUCCCAAGUCAUUCUUAAGCCCCAGGCAGUACCUCAGUUCAGAAGAGAUGCACACUAGCAAUGAGAUAGCCAUCCGUGUUAUCCACAGACAGAGAGGGACCGAUUCCGUCUGGUCUCUCAAUACACUAGCGGAGAAAGUCCUCACAAUGAGAGACAUGUACCAACGCAUUGAGGAAGGGAGCUUUGGAUUAGUGCUGGAUGACAGCAUUGGUCCUGAUCCAUUCUUUGAUCUAGAGCAGCAUGCCCUCCUGGGUGUGGCUAAUAUAUUCCUGGAGUGCUUGUAUCAUGGGGUAGCUCAUGUUUAUGACGCUCCCAUUAUUGGACCAACUGGAAAGGUUUGCGGCAGGUUAAAACUCGGUCUCCAAUGCUUGCCUUUGAUACGUGACAGUGUUGAUGAUGUUGAUAACAGUUCAUCAAUGGUGACGUGGGAGGCACCAGAGGAAGUAGAGGAUCUUAAACCAGGUACUCAUAUUACUGUCAGAGUAUCAGUGAUAGAGGCGAGUGGUCUUCCAGCUGCUUACUCUCACAAUCUAUUCUGUCAGUACAAGUUCUGGGGGCAAGAAGAGGCACUCAUAAUUCCGCCACUAAUCCCCUCAAUGGGUGGGGCUGACUCUGUCCACCCUCCUGACGGUGUGCAUCAGUUCCAGCACCACCAGACGUUCAAUAUUGAAGUGACGGAGGACUUCCUUGAGUACAUUAAUGACGGAGCACUAGCGGUUGAAGUGUGGGGUCACAGGAGAAGUGGAUUCGACUCUGUACCUGAUGCAGAAGAAGAUUCCAAGAGACCUCGUUCACUGUCGGAGAGAUGGAAUGAUGUUAUAAAGAGACUGGAGCUAUGGGUAGAGAUAAUGGAACUCAAUGAUCAGGGAGAGUAUGUCGCCGUUGAGUUGCAACCAAAGGCUGACAUCAAAUCAGGAGGAAUAUUCCAGAUAAGACAGGGUCAAUCAAGGCGUGUGCGUGUUAGUGUGGUACAGAUACCAGGCUCAGGGAAUGGGCCUCUUGUCUGUGAGAGUAUUUCCAGUAUAUCAGUCGGGAGCGUCUACCUGAGGAAUAGAUAUGAUGACUCUUUAGACUCUUAUCAAGAAGUAGACCUGGAGAGGUUACGUACGAAGUGGAGCGAUGCCCUGAGUAACAGGAGAGAGUUCCUGGACACUGAGGUGAGGAAGAUCAUGGAGAAGAGAUCAAGGAAUGAGUCAGACACUGUCAAAGAGAACGAGCUCAUCGACCAAUGGACUAUGCUACAAUGGGAGAGAAUGGCUGUGGUACAGCCUAAAGCUGGUUCCGGUGUACCUGGAGCUCCAACCAACUGGCAGUUAGUCCCAGGAAUGGAAGCAAAAGUACCUGUGGUAUUCUUAGACCUUAACAGUGGUGACGAUGAUGAGGAGGAGAGGCCAGUGACUGGUUUGGUACAAACUGGUGAGCUCUUUGGAGAGAAGCCGGAGAACAUGAUCCAACUACCGAUAAUAAAACAAGAGGACCAUCAGUUGAUAGCAGUUGCUUCCUGGGACUCCACAGUACACGAUACCAGCAGUCUAAAUAAAGUCACAGGUGCUAACGAUAGAGUAUUUGCCAUUGUGCGGGUAGGUAUCAAACUAAAGAACCCUCCCGGGGUUGAGAUAAUGCUAAGAAAAAGGAUAUGCCUCAGAGUGUACAAGAGGAUAGGAAUCGGGGCGGCCAUCAUGAAAGCUUUUACUAGAGAUUAUAGAACUACUUGUGGAAUCAUGUUUGAGGUAGUGACUGGUAUUCCUAAAAGUGAAGGAAUGGAGCCUCCGCCCAAGAUCCCUGCCAACCCUUCUUUUGUUGAACUGGAAGAAGAUGAAAAUGCUGUAGAUAAAUUCAAGACUGGCAUGGCGGCCAUUGCUAACGUGCUUGCCUUAGACAGAUUGAAGCAGGAAGUAUCGUUAAAAGAGAAGCUGGCUAAUUCCGGUCGUGCGCUGAAAAAACGUUUUAAUAUUCAGCAAAGGCUGCCUUCGCCUGAUGGAGCAACUCCACAAAGUCUUAGCCGUGCUGACUCCGGUAGUAACAUUUACAGUCGGACCGACUCACCUGAACUUGAGGCUGUUUCGGAGUCUGCAAACGACUCGAAUCCUCUUGAUAAUAGCGAACAGGUCUCGUUCUUUAUCACACCUCCUCAGGACGAGGUGUUCAAACAGGAAGCCACACCCACUAAAGAGACUCCACCCAUACAGGAGUCCACCCCAUUACGUGAGGGAGACGGUGAGAGCCAAGAGGAGGGGGAAAAGGAGAAAGAGGAGGACGAAAAGGAGAAAGAAGAGGAGAAAGAAGAGGAGGAUAGUGAGAAAGUAGAAGGAACCGCUGAAGACAAAAAAGAGGAAACCAACGAAGAAGAAUUAAAAGAAGAGUCGAGUACUGUCGAUCAAGAACCAGCUAAACCGGAAGAAGUUUCAUCCACUUCAACGGAACCAGUCACAGUCUCGCCGUUAACCGAUCCUCCAGAGACACCAACAGAACCACAGACCCCCUCGACGGAUGAGAACUCUGCCCAACCCCUCCCGUCUGAGCCUGUGAUAUUUGUGAGCGGUGAGGGUAAUGGUGUUGGUGAAGGUGAUAGAGGUGUGGGUGAUGGUUGUGAGCGAAGUGAGAGCACAGCAGGAGAGGAGGAGGAGGACAGGAAGUACGAGGGACAGUCCGCAUCUCCUGUUGAUGUACAUGUAAAGCCGAAACCGAAAAGGGACAAUGCUUCUCCUACCCCGUCUGAUUCAUCAGAGAAUAGUGAAGCAUCCAGUAAGCAGUUAGCACCCGAAUGUAGACUGGGAGAGAAAGUGAUGGUUGAAGUUGCCAACGGUUUCAAAAUGGGAACCGUCAAGUUUAUAGGCGACACUGAAUUUGCUCCCGGCGAGUGGAUAGGUGUGGCCUUAGACCGCCCACAAGGUAAAAACAAUGGCAGCGUUAAAGGUGUGACAUAUUUCAAGUGUAAGGAUAAACAUGGUGUGUUUGUACGAAGAGACAAGAUAAUCCACGAGCCCUCGUCCUCCCUCUCUGCCUCUCCCUCCCCUUCCACUCGUUCACCAAAGAACCUAGCAAGCGCCGCUUCACCCACAAACCCAAAAAGACGAGCGUCUCCCAAUUUAACAAAGUCGUCGAUUCGCAGAAGCGCGAGCAAUCGAAAAUGAUUGAUAUUUCUCAUCUUUGUCUAUCGUCUAUUUGUAUCAUAAUUUAUUAUUAUGAUUAUUAUUGUUCUGUUUUGCUGUUCUGUUGCUGUCUUAUAUUGUUUCUCAUUGGCUCUCUUGUAUCAUGUGAUAGUCGUAUGACUUGCUCCCCUAGUCAUGUGACUGCAUGUGAUGCAAGUGGCUGUUUUUUGAUUGCAAUAACAAUGUUUAAUAAAUUUUUCUUUCUCUCGACAUACGCUUUGAAACUCCUUACUUCCUUCUUUCUUAUUUAUUAUUAUUAUUAUUAUUAUUAUUAUUAUUAUUAUUAUUAUUAUUAUUAUUAUUAUUAUUAUUCAGAUUUCAAUUGAGAAAACAAGUGAUAAUAAUUGCUCCUGUUAUCAUUGUGUUUUUUUACUAAUAGACAAUGUAGUAUAUUAUUAAUAUUGUGAAAAUUCU